AUGUAUCCGUUUGAUCGAAUACGAGAACAAAUCUACGUAAGACCGUCAGAAUCCGCUAUACCACGUCUCAUUGUUAUCGAUGGUUGUAAUAUUGCGCGUAGUUCAAGCGGAAUAGAUCGUGAAAAUGUUAAUUGUGCUGGUUUACUCGCAAUUGUACGAUUUUUGUUAAUUCGAGAUUUGGAUGUUGUCGUAUUUCUACCCAUAAUUUAUAACAAUAGUUGCAAUUUUAAUGCAACUAAUGCACAAGUUCUACCGAAAUUGCAAGGUUUGGAUGUGCUAACAUUUACGCCAGCUCGUACCGCACGUGCCGGUAGACCGGCAUUUAUCAAUUACGAUGAUUUAUACGUUUUAGAAUUUGCGGAACGUUACGGUGGUAGCGUAUUAUCUGGUGAUCGGUUUGGUGACAUAGCGAAGGAAUAUUCUUACAAAGACUUACGUCGAAUAAUUAGCGAACGUCGAAUUGACGUUAUUUUUCGUCCAUUAAGCAACGAUUUCGUACACUACGGACGUGACCGUUUUUUUCGUUUCCUACCCGAACUUUGUGUCAUACAUGAUGAUAAUGGUUGUUGGGUAGCUGACGAACUCAUACAACAACGUUUAUAUUGUCUUCCGAAUGAUAAAGAUUAUGAUAAGGUCAUCAGUCGUAGAGAACGUUGGACAACGGAACGUCGGGAUGAAAUUAUUUACACGAUCGAUGCAUUAUUUGAUGAAAUUGCUACAAAGAAUUGUUUGAUACCAAAAGUUAUACCAGUUCAAACUUCAAAUACAAAAGAACCAAUUGACAGUAUUAUUAGUGUGAAAUGUCCAUCCGAUGGCAAAUUAAACUUAAUGCAUCCUGAAGAACUGAUAAAACGAUGGCUAUCACCACCAGCUUCCUGUUCCACAAUAAUAAAAGAAGAAAAAAGAAAACAACGAAAAUCGGAAAUGGUAGGAAUUUCCGCGACUAAAAUUCAACUUGAAAGAACAAUAUCAAAAAAUACUGUGCCAUUGUCAUCGACAUCAACAAAACUUACAGUAAUACGGUCAGCGUCAAUAACCUAUGAUGCGAGAUGUGCUAAGAUCAUCAAUCGCUUAGAUCAAAUCUUCGAUCGUCAGCUGAUUUCUAAAGUAUUAAGAGAAAACAAGACACGCGACCUUUACACGAUUGCCAAUCUUUGCGCUCAGCAAAGUCAUUAA